UCCUCUCUUUUUAACAGACAGGGUUUGAACUGGGAUGUGAACGAUGUCAAACUAGCUUUUUGCAGUAUAAAAGGAGGAGCUUUGAGAUAAAGAGUAUUAGAUGAGGCCAUUAGUGCUCUGUGGAUUACAGUAAUCCAGCCCCUUUAAUAUCGGUGCGGUCCACCACUCGAAAAAUAAAUCAUCAUGGAGUACAGACUGCAGCACAUGUUUCUGUUGGCCAUCCUGCUGGUGACUAAAGGUUUUGUUGGGCUUCAGGCUCAAGAGGAUGGCAAUGAGACAUGGGCUGAAAAAACUUGCAAAUGUGAUUGUGAUGAAGAUUCCAAGCUGCUUUCUAAAGGUUUUAGAUCCACCUGGGCACAGGGUAUGGUCUGCAUGCCAGAGUGUCCUUACCAUAAGCCCCUUGGGUUUGAGGAAGGGUCUGUGACAUCAGAUCAAAUCAGCUCCUCCAAUCAAGAGCAGUAUACGGGCUGGUUCUCCUCCUGGACUGCAAACAAAGCGAGACUCAACAGUCAGGGAUUUGGGUGUGCCUGGCUGUCUAAAUUUCAGGAUACCAACCAGUGGCUGCAGAUUGACCUGAAGGAAAUCAAAGUGGUUUCUGGUAUCCUGACCCAGGGGCGCUGUGACUCGGAGGAGUGGAUGACUAAAUAUAGCGUGCAAUACCGCACCAAUGAGAAACUCAACUGGAUCUACUACAAGGACCAGACUGGAAACAACAGAUUGUUCUAUGGGAACUCUGACAGUUCAUCAACAGUCCAGAACCUGCUGCGUCCACCUAUCGUAGCGCGUUACAUCCGUAUCAUACCACUGGGUUGGCACACCCGCAUCGCUAUCCGCCUGGAAUUACUACUUUGCAUGAAUAAAUGCACCUGAUCCAGUGGAUGCCAACAAUGCAAUACCCAACUAUUCCCUGCACUGCCCCUUUUCUUAUACUCCAACAUGCCAAAGUGAAAACUACUGCCCUGUGUUCAUUUUUUUAUGAACAAACAAUCUGUUACUUUAUAUGGAAGAAAUUAGAUGAAUUAGAAUAUGUUAGACUUUCACUUUGUGAUAAUGAUCUGUUUCAUAUAUUCUACAACAAAAAAUAUUUCUUGCUAUUCAGUUGCUAUUUGGCAAAUAGAAAGGGUACCCAUUGUUAAUAAAAAAACAUAUGCUGGGUUGUUUCAACUCAUGGUUGGGUUAAUAACAACCUAGGCUAGCAUUGGUUUAUUUAUAACCCAACAUGUGUGUUCUGUCCAAUAUAUACCCAGCAUUGGGUUAAAAAUAACACAUUGGGUGUGAUAUUUUUGUGUGGUUUGUAAAGGUAAUGUAGAGUAGUUUAUCCUCACUGUCACCAAU